ACUGGCGCGGGUAGAAAACGGGAUGCCUCGGGCGCCGGGGCCGGCUCUCCGCCACUAGGAGCCCGGCGAGGCGCGGACCGAAAGGAGCGCUCGCGAGCGGAAGUGGUGCGGGUGCUGUGUGCGACGCGCGCCCACCUCCCAGGGAAGGAACGGCGAGGCCGGGGCCCGGGACCGUCGCGGGGAUGGAGCGCGGGGCGGCGGCGGUGGCGUGCACGCUGCUGCUGGCUUUCGCCGCUUGCAUGGCGCCGGCCAGUGGUCAAGAAUGUGACAGUGACCAUUUUCGCUGUGAAAAUGGACAUUGUAUCCCUGCAUCCUGGAGGUGUGAUGGGACUAGAGACUGUUUGGAUGACACAGAUGAAAUUGGCUGUGCUCCCUCUUCCUGCCAGUCAGGCCAAUUCCAGUGUCAGAGUGAAGGCGUAUGCAUCCCUCACUCCUGGGUGUGUGACAAUGAGCACGACUGUGAGGAUGGCUCAGACGAACAGCGUUGCCCUGGGAGAACAUGCUCAAGCCAUCAGAUUACAUGCUCCAAUGGUGAAUGUAUCCCAAAUGAAUACAGGUGCGACCACACGAGAGACUGCUCAGAUGGAACUGACGAGAAAGACUGCCAAUACCCAACGUGUGCGCAGCUUACUUGCGCCAAUGGAGCCUGCUAUAACAUUAGUCAAGUAUGUGAUGGGAAAGUUGAUUGCAGAGACUCCACUGAUGAAAACAACUGCACUAAGAUCUGCUCACAGAACGAGUUUCAAUGUGGCGGUGGGGAGUGCAUCCCUCGUGCUUACGUCUGUGACCAUGACCAUGAUUGUGAAGACGGCAGUGAUGAAAAUUCUUGCAGCUAUCAGACCUGCACAGGAGACCAGUUCACUUGCCCCAAUGGCUACUGCAUUAGUCAGAAUUGGGUUUGUGAUGGAGAGGAUGACUGUACAGACGGUAGAGAUGAAGAUGGAUGUGAAAGCAGUACUCAUCAUACUCAUAAAUGUUACCCUGGUGAAUGGACUUGUCCAGGGUCUGGAAAAUGCAUCCCAAUUGGAAAAGUUUGUGAUGGGACUCUGGAUUGUCCAGGAGGACAAGAUGAAAGCAAUAUCACUGGAGGACAAGAUUGUGAUGUGAAUUUGUGUCCUCUCUUGGGCUGUGAGUACCAAUGCCACAUGUCACCACAUGGAGGGAUGUGUUAUUGUCCCCCAGGUUUUAUUGUCGACCAAAAGAGCACUCGCAACUGUGUCGAUUUUGAUGAUUGCCAGAUAUGGGGGGUUUGUGACCAGAUGUGUGAAGACCGAAUUGGCCAUCACCAGUGCCACUGUGCAGAAGGGUAUAUCUUGGAGCAUCAGCGACAUUGCAAAGCUAAUACUUCUUCUGGUGAGGCCUCCGUUAUCUUCUCCAAUGGUCAGGAUUUACUAAUUGGGGAUAUUCAUGGAAGGACCUUUGAGAUCCUAGUAAAGUCUCAAAAUCGUGGAGUGGCUGUGGGUGUGGAUUUUCACUAUCACCUACACAGAGCCUUUUGGACUGACACCGUGCAAGAUAAGGUUUUUUCAGUUGACCUUAAUGGUUUACAUAUCCAAGAAGUUCUCAAUGUUUCUGUUGAUGAUCCAGAGAAUCUGGCUGUGGACUGGGUUAACAAUAAACUUUAUUUGGUGGAGACUAAGGUCAACCGCAUAGAAAUGGUAAAUUUGGAUGGAAGCCACCGGGUUAUCCUUAUAACUGAAAACUUGGGGCAUCCUAGAGGAAUUGCUCUGGACCCAACUGUUGGUUAUUUAUUUUUCUCAGAUUGGGAGAGCCUUUCUGGGGGACCUAAGGUGGAAAGGGCUUUCAUGGAUGGCACCAACCGUAAAGACUUGGUAAAAACAAAGCUGGGAUGGCCUGCUGGGAUAACUCUGGAUAUGGUAUCAAAGCGUGUUUACUGGGUUGACUGCCGGUUUGAUUACAUUGAGACUGUAACUUACGAUGGGACUCAAAGGAAGAUAGUAGUUCGUGGAGGCUCACUCAUUCCUCAUCCCUUUGGAAUAAGCUUGUUUGAAGAUCAUGUGUUUUUUACUGAUUGGACAAAGAUGGGUGUAAUGAAGGCAAACAAGUUCACGGAGACCAACCCGGAAAUAUACUACCGGACUUCCCUGAGGCCCUUUGGAGUGACUGUUUACCAUUCCCUCAGGCAGCCCUAUGUUAGAAAUCCAUGUGGAGAUAACAAUGGGGGCUGUGAACAGGUCUGUGUCCUCAGCCACAGAACAGAUAACGAUGGUUUGGGUUACCGCUGCAAAUGCACACUCGGCUUCGACCUGGAUGCGGAUGACCGCCACUGCGUUGCUGUUAAGCAAUUCCUGAUCUUUUCAUCUGAAGUGGCUGUCCGUGGCAUCCCGUUCACAGUCUCUACCCAGGAAGAUGUCAUGGUUCCAGUGACAGGAAAUCCUUCUUUCUUUGUUGGGAUUGAUUUUGAUGCCCAGGAGAACACUAUCUUUUUUUCAGAUACAUCAAGAGACAUGAUUUUUAAGCAGAAGAUCGAUGGCACAGGAAGAGAAAUUGUCACAGCUUACAUGGUGGAAAGUGUUGAAAGUUUGACUUUUGACUGGAUUUCAAAGAAUCUCUAUUGGACAGAGGCUUCUUACAGGAGUAUCAGUGUCAUGAAGCUAGCUGAUAAAUCGAGGCGUGAAAUAAUCAAGAAUUUAAAUAACCCACGAUCAAUUGUAGUUCAUCCUAUUGCUGGGUAUAUAUUCUUUACUGAUUGGUACCGUCCCGCUAAAAUUCUGAGAGCGUGGAGUGAUGGAUCUAACCUUGUACCUAUAGUAAACACUACUCUUGGAUGGCCCAAUGGGUUGGCCAUUGAUUGGGGUGCUUUACGAUUGUACUGGGUAGAUGCCUUUUUUGAUAAAAUUGAGCACAGCACCUUUGAUGGUACAGAUAGAAGAGUCCUGGACCAUAUACAGCAGAUGACACAUCCAUUUGGACUUACUGUCUUUGAAGAUUAUGUAUUUUUUACUGACUGGAGAUUGGGUGCUAUUAUUCGAGUCAGGAAAACGGAUGGUAGAGACAGGACAGUUAUCCGAAGGGGCAUCAGUAAUAUAAUGCACGUGAAAUCAUAUGAUGCUAACACCCAGACUGGUUCUAACUACUGUAAUCGACCCACCCAUCCGAAUGGCGACUGCAGCCACUUCUGCUUCCCAGUGCCAAAUUUCCAGCGGGUGUGUGGUUGCCCCUAUGGAAUGAGCCUGACUUCUAAUCAUGUGACAUGUGUGGAAGACCCAUCCCAUGAACCUCCCACAGAGCGAUGUGGCUCUUUUUCUUUUACCUGUAACAAUGGCAGAUGUGUGCCUAGUCACUACCGCUGUGAUGGAAUUGAUGACUGUCAUGAUAACAGUGAUGAGGAUCAAUGUGGCACAUUUAAUAAUACCUGUUCACCUUCAGCGUUCACCUGUGGCCAUGGAGGAGAGUGCAUCCCUGCACACUGGCGCUGUGACAGACACUCUGAUUGUGUGGAUGGCAGUGAUGAGCAGAACUGCCCCACCCAAGCACCCUCUUCCUGCCCUGCAUCCUAUUUCACCUGUGAUAAUAACCAGUGUAUCUCAAGGAGCUGGCUCUGCGACACAGAUAAUGAUUGUGAGGAUGGAUCUGAUGAAAAGGAUUGCACAUUUACAGAGACAUGCCUACCUAGUCAGUUUCGUUGCCCUGAGCAUCGAUGUAUUGACCUAUCUUUUGUCUGUGAUGGUGACAAGGACUGUGUUGAUGGAUCUGAUGAGCAUGGUUGUGUAAUUAAUUGUACUGCUUCUCAAUUCAAAUGUGCCAGUGAGGAUCGGUGUAUUAGCAAUGUAUAUCGUUGUGACGGUGUUUUUGACUGCAUUGACAGCUCUGAUGAGAUAAACUGUCCAACCAGGCCUUCUGGUAUGUGCCACCCAGAUGAAUUUCAGUGCCAAGCAGAUGGUACCUGCAUCCCAGGGAUCUGGGAGUGUGAUGGGCACCGAGACUGCAUCUCAGGAUCUGAUGAGCACCAGGGCUGUUCCCCCAGGACCUGUUCUCCAUCUCAUUUCCUCUGUGACAACGGAAACUGCAUCCACAAAGAGUGGCUCUGUGAUGGGGACAAUGACUGCCGGGAUAUGAGUGAUGAGAAAGACUGUCCUACUCAGGCCUUUCACUGUCCUGUUUGGCAAUGGCAGUGCUCUGGACAUAGCAUCUGUGUGAAUCUGAGUGCAGUGUGUAAUGGCAUUUCUGACUGCCCCAAUGGGACAGAUGAGUCGCCACUUUGCAACCAGGAGAGCUGCUCAGAUUCCAAUGCUGGUUGUACUCACCAGUGUAUUCAAGGGCCCUUUGGGGCUCAAUGCCUAUGUCCAUUGGGAUACCUGCUUGCCAAUGAUUCUAAGACCUGUGAAGACAUAGAUGAAUGUAAUAUUCCAGGCUAUUGUAGCCAGCACUGUUACAAUAUGAGAGGUUCUUUCCGGUGCUGGUGUGAUAAAGAAUACAUGUUAGACACUGAUGGGAGGACCUGCAAAGUUACAGGACCUGAGAGUCUGCUGCUACUUGUGGCAAGUCAAAACCAAAUUGUUGUUGACAACAUCACCUCCCAGUUCCACACUAUCUAUUCACUUGUCCGGGAGGGUUCUCACAUUGUAGCUAUUGAUUUUGAUUCAAUCAGUGGUCGUGUCUUUUGGUCUGACGGAACUCAGGGCAAAAUCUGGAGUGCAUUUCAAAAUGGAACAGACAGAAAAGUAGUUCUUGACAGUGGUGUCACCAUGACUGAAAGUAUUGUGGUAGAUUGGGUAGGUCGCAAUCUUUACUGGACAAACUAUGCUCUGGAAACAAUUGAAGUCUGUAAACUGGAUGGGAGCCACAGGACUGUGCUGAUUAGUGAAAAUGUGACAAAUCCAAGGGGACUAGCAUUAGAUCCCAGAAUUAAUGAACACCUGAUGUUCUGGUCUGACUGGGGCCAUCACCCUCGCAUUGAGCGAGCCAGCAUGGAUGGCAGUCUGCGCACUGUCAUUGUCCAGGACAAGAUUUUCUGGCCCAAUGGCUUAACUAUUGACUACCCCAACAGACUGCUCUACUUCAUGGAUGCCUAUCUUGAUUAUAUAGACUUUUGUGAUUAUGAUGGGCACCAUCGGAGGCAGGUGAUAGCCAGUGAUUUGAUUGUGCGGCAUCCCUAUGCCCUAACUCUCUUUGAAGAUUCCGUGUACUGGACUGACUAUACUACUCAUCAGGUUAUUCAAGCCAACAAGUGGCAUGGGGGGAACCAGUCAGUCGUAAUGUACAACGUUCACCGACCCCUUGGGAUUGUUGCAGUUCAUCCUGUGAAACAACCAAGUAGUACAAAUUCAUGUGCCUUUGCCGCCUGCAGCCAUCUAUGUCUGCUUUCCUCAGAGAGGCCACAGUUUUACUCCUGUGUUUGUCCUUCAGGAUGGAGUCUCUCUCAGGAUUCUGUGACUUGCGUGAGAGAUGAUCAACCUUUCUUAAUAAUUGUAAGACAGAGCAUAAUUUUUGGAAUCUCCCUUAAUCCUGAGGUGAAGAGCAAUGAUGCUAUGAUUCCCAUAGCAGGGAUAAUGAAUGGUUAUGAUGUUGAAUUUGAUGACUCAGAGCAAUUCAUCUAUUGGGUUGAGAAUCCAGGUGAAAUUCACAGAGUGAAGACUGAUGGCACCAACAGGACACUGCUUGUUCCUCUAUCUAGGGUGGGGUCUUCUAUGAGCCUGGCCUUAGACUGGAUAUCCAGAAACUUAUAUUAUACCAAUCCUGGAACUCAAUCAAUUGAGGUUUUGACACUCCAAGGAAAUGUCAGAUACAGAAAAACACUGAUUACCAAUGAUGGGACAGCUCUUGGAGUUGGGUUUCCAAUUGGCAUAACUGUUGAUCCUGCUAAUGGGAAACUGUACUGGUCAGACCAUGGAACAUACAGUGGCGUUCCUGCCAAGAUUGCAAGUGUUAACAUGGAUGGCACAUCUUCAAAAACUCUCUUCACUGGGAACCUUGAACACGUGGAGUUUAUCACCCUUGACAUCCCAGAGCAGAAACUCUACUGGGCUGUUACCAGCAGGGGAGUGAUUGAAAGAGGAAAUGUGGAUGGUACAGAUCGAAUGAUUCUGGUAAACUAUCUUUCCCACCCCUGGGGAAUUGCUGUCUAUGGUUCCUUCCUUUAUUAUACUGAUGAACACUAUGAGGUCAUUGAAAGAGUUGACAAGGACACCGGGGCCAACAAAGUCAUCUUGAGAGAUAAUAUUCCACGUCUGAGGUGCCUUCGAGUUUAUCACAAACAUGACUCUGCUGGAUCCUCAAAUGGCUGUACCAACAAUCCAAAUGCCUGUCAGCAGAUUUGCCUGCCCGUACCAGGAGGACUGUUCUCGUGUGCCUGUGCCACUGGAUUUAAACUCAAUCCUGAUCAUCAGACCUGCUCUCCAUAUGAGUCUUUCAUUGUUGUUUCCAUGCUGUCUGCAAUCAGAGGCUUUAGCUUGGAUUUGUCAGAUCAUUCAGAAGCCAUGGUGCCAGUGGCAGGCCAAGGACGAAAUGCACUGCAUGUGGAUGUUGAUAUAUCUUCUGGUUUUAUUUAUUGGUGUGAUUUUAGCAGCUCUGUGGCAAGUUAUAAUGCAAUCCGUAGAAUCAAACCAGAUGGGUCUGCUUUUACAGACAUCGUUACAUAUGGGAUAGGGGAAAAUGGAGUCCGGGGUAUUGCACUGGAUUGGGUAGCAGGAAAUCUUUAUUUCACCAAUGCUUUUCUGUCUGAAACACUGAUAGAAGUUCUGCGGAUCAAUACCACCUACCGCCGUGUUCUCCUUAAAGUCAUAGUGGAUAUGCCCAGGCAUAUUGUUGUAGACCCCAAGAACAGAUACCUCUUCUGGGCUGAUUAUGGACAAAACCCAAAGAUUGAACGUUCUUUUCUUGACUGUACCAAUCGAACUGUGCUUGUAUCAGAGGGCAUUGUCACACCACGGGGCUUGGCAGUAGACCAUAGCAAUGGCUACAUUUAUUGGGUUGAUGACUCUUUAGAUAUUAUUGCAAGGAUCAAUAUUGAGGGAGGGGAAUCUGAAGUGAUUCGUUAUGGCAGUCGUUAUCCAACUCCUUAUGCCAUCACUGUUUUUGAAAAUUCUAUCAUAUGGGUAGAUAGGAAUUUAAAAAAAAUCUUCAAAGCUAGCAAGGAACCAGAGAACACAGAGCCACCAACAGUGAUAAGGGACAGUAUCAAUUGGCUAAGAGAUGUGGCCAUCUUUGACCAGCGUGUCCAGCCCCGGUCACCUGAAGAGGUCAACAACAACCCUUGCUUGGAAAAUAAUGGUGGAUGCUCCCAUCUCUGCUUUGCUUUGCCUGGAUUGCACACCCCAAAAUGUGGCUGUGCCUUUGGGACCCUGGAAGGUGAUGGCAAGAGCUGUGCCAUUCCAACAGAACAUUUCCUCAUGUUUGCCAUGUAUAAUUCUUUGAGAAGCUUAUAUUUGGACCCUGAAAACCAUAACCCACCUUUCCAAGCAAUAAGUGUGGAAGGAAUUGCUGUGGCCCUGGACUAUGACAGCAUAAAUAACAGAAUCUACUUCACACACUCUUUAGCACCUAGACACAGCCAGAUUUCCUAUGUCAACCUGAAUUCAGGAACCGUUUCUCCCACUGUCAUUGUUUCAGAUAUAGGGGCUGCUGAUGGCAUUGCCUUUGACUGGAUCAAUAGAAGAAUUUAUUACAGUGACUACACCAACCAGACGAUUAACUCUGUCGCCGAGGAUGGGUCUAAGCGCGCUGUGAUAGCCCACGUUUCAAAGCCAGGAGCGAUUGUGUUAGAUCCUUGCCGAGGGUACAUGUACUGGACUGACUGGGGUACUAAUGCCAAAAUUGAGAGAGCCACACUGGGAGGAAACUUCCGGGUACCCAUUGUGAACAGCAGCCUGGUCUGGCCCAAUGGGCUCGCUCUGGACAAUGAGGAAGACCUUCUCUACUGGGCAGAUGCCAGUCUGCUGAAGAUCGAACGCAGCACUCUAACGGGCAUGGGGCGUGAGGUCAUUGUCAGCGCAACCUUUCAUCCUUUUGGCUUGACUCUCUAUGGCCAGUAUAUAUACUGGACUGACUCAUCUGUAAAAAAAGUUUACCGAGCUAACAAAUAUGAUGGGUCAGGUCAGACUGCAAUGACCACAAGUUUUCGCUUCCAGCCUGAGGAUAUUUGUGUUGUUGUGAAGGACCAGCAACGGCAGUGUAGUAAUCCUUGUGAUCGGUUUAAUGGGGGCUGCAGCCAUAUUUGUGCACCAGGUCCAAAUGGUGCUGAGUGCCAAUGUCCACACGAGGGCCACUGGUAUCUGGCCAACAACAAUAAGCACUGCAUAGUGGACAAUGGUACACGGUGUGAUAGUUCCAAGUUCACCUGCCUCAAUGGGCGUUGCAUCUCAGAGCACUGGACAUGUGACAACGACAAUGACUGUGGUGACGGCAGUGAUGAGCUGGAAAGUGUCUGUGCGUUUCACACCUGCCAUCUGACAUCCUUCACCUGUGACAAUGGGCGAUGUGUCCAAUAUCGUUAUCGCUGUGAUCACUACAAUGACUGUGGUGACAACAGUGAUGAGGCAGGGUGCCUGUUCAGGGACUGUAACACCACCACGGAGUUUACUUGCAGUAACAGAAGGUGCAUACCUCUUCAGUUUGUCUGCAAUGGUAUAAACAACUGCCAUGAUAAUGAUACUUCAGAUGAGAAAAAUUGCCCUGAUCGCACUUGCCAUCCUGGAUACACAAAAUGUCAGACUACAAAUAUUUGUAUUCCCCGUCUUUACUUGUGUGACGGAGACAAUGACUGUGGAGAUAUGAGUGAUGAAAGUCCCAUUUUCUGCGCCUCUCACACGUGCAGCAGCACUGAGUUCCACUGCACAUCUGGGCGCUGUAUUCCUAUGCAUUGGUAUUGUGAUCAAGAAAGAGAUUGUUCUGAUGGCUCAGAUGAACCUGCCACUUGUGUGUACCAUGACCCAACAUGCUUAAGUGAUGAGUUCAAGUGUGACAACGGGAGGUGCAUCCAAAGAGAAUGGAUCUGUGAUGGUGAUAAUGACUGUGGGGACAUGAGUGAUGAGGAUGAAAGGCACCAGUGUGAGAGUCGCAGCUGCUCAAAUUCUGAGUUUCGCUGUGUAAAUAGCAGGCCUCCAGCCAGGAGGUGCAUUCCCCGAUCUUGGGUCUGUGAUGGCGACGCGGAUUGUGCUGACGGCUAUGAUGAGCAUCAGAACUGCACCAGGAGCUCUUGCUCUGAAGACGAUUUCACCUGCAGUAAUGGACUGUGUGUCCCACACUCGUACAGAUGUGACUGGCGCAAUGAUUGUGGUGACUACAGUGAUGAGAGGGAAUGCUCAUACCCCACCUGCAAUGAGAAUCAGUUUACCUGUCAGAAUGGAAUCUGCAUUUAUAAGGUCUACACCUGUGAUGGGGAAAAUGACUGUGGAGAUGACUCUGAUGAGCUGGAGCACCUGUGCCACACCCCAGAAACCACGUGCCCCCCUCAUCAGUUCAAGUGUGACAACGGGAACUGCAUCGAGAUGGUGAAAGUCUGCAACCACCUAGAUGACUGUUUAGACAACAGUGAUGAGAAAGCAUGUGGCAUUAAUGAGUGCAAUGACCCUUCACUCAGUGGAUGUGACCAAAACUGCACAGACACCUUAACCAGUUUCUAUUGUUCUUGUCUUCCUGGUUAUAAACUUAUGUCUGACAAGAGGACUUGUAAUGAUAUUGAUGAAUGCAAAGAGACGCCCUUUGUCUGUAGCCAGAAGUGUGAGAAUGUAAUAGGCUCCUACAUCUGUAAGUGUGCCCCAGGCUACAUUCGAGAACCAAAUGGAAAGAGCUGCCGGCAGAACAGUGACAUCCAGCCAUAUCUCAUUUUUAGCAACCGUUACUAUUUGAGAAACCUAACUACAGAUGGCCAUUAUUACUCCCUCAUUUUGCAAGGACUGGGCAAUGCCGUGGCCCUGGAUUUUGACCGAGUAGAAAAGAGAAUAUACUGGAUUGAUAGAGAGAAUAAGGUCAUUGAGAGAAUGUUUCUGAAUAAGACAAACAGGGAGACUGUCUUAAACCACAGACUACCAGCUGCAGAAAGUCUGGCUGUAGACUGGGUUACCAGAAAGCUCUAUUGGGUAGAUGCCUACCUGAAAUGCCUCUCUGUCUCUGAUCUCGAUGGUCGAUACCGCCGCAAGCUGGCUGAGCACUGUAUGGAUGCCAACAACACUUUCUGCUUUGAAAAUCCCAGAGGAAUUGUCCUUCAUCCUCAAUAUGGGUAUGUCUACUGGGCAGACUGGGCUAGCCGAGCAUACAUUGGGAGAGUAGGCAUGGAUGGAACCAAUAAGUCUGUGAUUAUCUCUACCAAGAUAGAGUGGCCCAAUGGCAUCACUAUUGAUUACACCAAUGAUCUACUCUACUGGGCAGAUGCUCACCUGGGUUACAUUGAGUACUCUGAUUUGGAGGGCAACAAUCGACACACCGUGUAUGACGGGGCACUGCCUCACCCCUUUGCUAUUACCAUUUUUGAAGACACCAUUUAUUGGACAGAUUGGAAUACAAGGACAGUUGAAAAGGGAAACAAAUAUGAUGGAUCAGAUAGGAUGAUGCUGGUGAACACAACCCAUAAACCAUUUGACAUCCAUGUGUAUCAUCCAUAUAGGCAGCCAAUUGUGAACAAUCCCUGUGGUACCAACAAUGGUGGCUGUUCUCAUCUCUGCCUCAUCAAAGCAGGAGGAAAAGGAUUCACCUGUGAGUGUCCAGAUAACUUCCACUCCCUCCAGCUGGAUGACAGCACCCACUGCCUGCCCAUGUGCUCUAGCACCCAAUUCCUGUGUGCUAACAAUGAAAAGUGUAUUCCUAUCUGGUGGAAAUGUGAUGGACAGAAAGACUGUUCCGAUGGCUCUGAUGAACCCGCCAUUUGCCCUCAGCGCUACUGCCCGUUAGGACAGUUCCAGUGCAAGGAUGGCAACUGUACCAGCCCCCACUUCCUAUGCAAUGCUCACCGAGAUUGCCCUGAUGGAUCUGAUGAAGACCAUAUUCUUUGUGAGCAUCACCAGUGUGAGUCCAAUGAAUGGCAGUGUGCCAACAAACGUUGUAUCCCAGAAGCCUGGCAGUGUGACUCGGAGAACGACUGUGAGGAUAACUCGGACGAAGACAUUUCCCACUGUGCCGGCAGGAUCUGCCGGCCAGGCUAUUUUAUGUGUGCCAAUGGCCGCUGCAUCCCUCAGAGCUGGAAGUGUGAUGUAGACAAUGACUGUGGAGACUACUCAGAUGAGCCCAUCCAGGAGUGCAUGAGCUCUGCCUAUCGCUGUGACAACUAUACGGAGUUCAGCUGUAGAACGAACUACCGCUGCAUCCCACAGUGGGCCGUGUGCAAUGGUUUUGAUGACUGCAGAGACAACAGUGAUGAGCAAGGCUGUGAGGAGAUGACGUGCAACCCUUCAGGGGAUUUCCGCUGUAAUAAUCACCGCUGCAUCCCUCUUCGCUGGAAAUGUGAUGGGCACAAUGACUGUGGAGAUCACUCAGAUGAGGAAAACUGUGUCCCCCGGGAGUGUACAGAGAGCGAAUUUCGAUGUGAUGAUCAGAGCUGCAUUCCCUCUCGAUGGAUCUGUGACCAUAUCAACGACUGUGGGGACAACUCUGAUGAGCGGGAUUGUGAGAUGAGGACCUGCCAUCCUGGAUAUUUUCAGUGUAAUAGUGGACACUGCGUGCCUGACCAAUUGAAAUGCGAUGGAAUUGCUGACUGUCUUGAUGCCUCUGAUGAAGCCACUUGUCCCACUCGCUUUCCCAAUGGUGCGUACUGCCCGGCUACUAUGUUUGAAUGUAAAAAUCAUGUCUGUGUCCAGUCGUCUUGGAAAUGUGAUGGAGAUAACGACUGUGGUGAUGGUUCUGAUGAAGAACUUCAUCUGUGCUUGAAUGUUUCCUGUGAGUCACCACACCGUUUCCGGUGUGACAACAAUCGCUGUAUUUAUAGUCACGAGCUGUGCAACCGUGUCGAUGACUGUGGAGAUGGAAGUGAUGAGAAAAAGGAGAACUGUGAAGGUGCGACCCCUAGACCUUGUAAAGAAGAUGAAUUUAAGUGUAGCAAUGGACAUUGCAUUUCAGAGCACCUGGUAUGUGAUGAUUUCGAUGACUGUGGUGACCAUUUUGAUGAAACGGGUUGCAAUACAGGAAAAGAAAGAUCAUGUGCUGAGAAUCUAUGUGAACAUAAUUGUACCCAGUUAAGUGAAGGAGGAUUUAUCUGCAGCUGUAGACCUGGGUUCAAAGCCAGUAUUUUGGACAGAAACUCCUGUGACGACAUCAACGAAUGUGAGCAAUUUGGGGUUUGUCCCCAGAACUGCCAAAAUACCAAAGGAAGUUAUGAGUGUUCCUGUGCCGAAGGCUUCAAGUCUAUGGGUGACCACUAUGGAAAACGGUGCGCAGCUGAUGGUAACCCUCCUUUGUUCUUGCUGUCUGAAAACGUGCGAAUUCGAAAAUAUAAUCUCUCUUCUGAGAAGUAUGGAGAUUAUCUUGAAGAUGAGGAACAUAUUCAGGCUAUUGAUUAUGAUUGGGAUCCUGAAGGCAUAGACCUCAGUGUUGUAUAUUACACUGUGCUAGGACAUGGCUCUAAUUUUGGUGCUAUCAAACGUGCCUACAUCCCCAACUUUGAAUCUGGCAGCAAUAAUAUUGUGCAGGAAGUUAACCUGGACUUGAAAUACAUAGCACAGCCAGAUGGGUUAGCAGUGGACUGGGUUGGACGGCAUAUUUACUGGUCAGAUGCCAAGAGUCAACGGAUCGAGGUGGCUAAACUUGAUGGAAGAUACAGAAAGUGGCUGAUUUCCACCCAACUGGAUCAACCAGCCGCAGUGGUUGUGAAUCCCAAACUAGGGCUUAUGUACUGGACUGACUGGGGCAAAGAACCUAAAAUCGAGUCUGCCUGGAUGGAUGGGCAGCAUCGGAGCACCCUGGUUGAUGAGGACCUUGGUUGGCCAACCGGCCUUUCUAUUGAUUAUUUGAACAAUGACCAGAUCUACUGGAGUGACUUCAAGGAGAACGUUAUUGAAACCAUGAAACAUGAUGGGACUGAUAGGAGAAUCGUUGUAAAUGCAGCAAUGAGCCCUUAUAGUCUGGACAUCUUCGAGGGCGAGUUAUACUGGAUAUCUAAGGAUAAAGGAGAAGUAUGGAAGCAAGAUAAGUUUGGGCGAGAAGAGAAAGAGAAAAUGCUGAUAGUGAACCCAUGGCUCACUCAAGUUCGAAUCUUUCAGCAAUAUAGAUAUAAUCAAUCAGUGCCCAACCGCUGUAAAAAGGUCUGCAGCCACCUCUGCCUGCUGAGACCUGGAGGAUACAGCUGUGCCUGUCCCCAAGGCUCCACCUUUAUACCAGGGAGAACCACUGAGUGUAAUGCAGCCAUCGAAAGUCCUAUCAUCAUGCCCCCCCCAUGCAGGUGUAUGCACGGAGGAAAUUGCUAUUUUGAUGAGAAUGACCUCCCCAAAUGCAAGUGUCCUAGUGGCUACACAGGAAAAUAUUGUGAAAUAGGGCUUUCAAAAGGCGUUCCUCCAGGAACAACGGUGGCUGUGCUGUUGACAAUCAUCCUGAUCAUUGUAAUUGGAGCUUUGGCAACGUUAGCCUUUUUCCACUAUCGGAGAACUGGUUCCCUUUUGCCUUCUCUGCCCAAGCUGCCAAGCUUAAGCAGUCUUGUCAAAUCCUCUGAAAAUGGAAAUGGGGUGACCUUCAGAUCAGGGGCAGAAGUUAACAUGGAUAUUGGAGUAUCUGGUUUUGGGCCUGAGUCUGCUAUUGACAGAUCAAUGGUGAUGAGUGAACACUUUGCUAUGGAGAUGGGGAAGCAGCCCAUAAUAUUUGAAAACCCGAUGUAUACAGCCAAGGACAAGGAGAGUGCAGCCAAAGUGGUUCAGCCAACUCAGGUGACUGUAACUGGAAAUGUGGAUAACAAGAACUAUGGAAGUCCCGUAAUCCCUUCUGAGAUAGUUCCAGACACACAGCCGACUUCCCCGAGUGCUGAUGGAACUCAGGCAACAAAAUGGAAUAUCUUCAAACGAAAACCGAAACAAACUACCAACUUUGAAAACCCAAUCUAUGCAGAGAUGGACAGUGACCAGAAGGAAAGUACUGCUGUGGCCCCACCUCCAUCACCUUCUCUCCCUGCUGAAAUCCCUCCCAAAAGAGGCUCAACUCCAGCCUACACUGCAACGGAAGACACUUUUAAAGACACUGCCAACCUUGUUAGAGAAGACUCUGAGGUAUAGCUAUGCCAGCUAUUUAGGGAAUAAUUAGAAACACACUUUUGCACAUAUAUUUUUUACGACCAGAUGAAAAAAGUUAACAUUCAGUACUUUAUAAAAAAAAUAUAUUUUCCCUGUUCACCUGUAGCUGGAAGUGUCUGUGGAAACUAUACCUUGUGUGUCUUUUUUUUUUACUUAUGCCAUCUCAUAUUUUUACAAAUAAUUAUCACAAUGUACUAUAUGUAUAUCUUUGCACUGAAGCUAUCUGAAGGUAAGGCUAUAAAUAUAUUGUACAUUUGUAAAUUUUGGAAAGAUUAUCACAUCAUUAAAUUUGCUAAUAAAAGAAUCUGCUGAAUUGGUCGGUGAUCAUUACAGUAAAUGAUCCAAUGAGAAAAGGAAUUAACGAGGGGCCUUUAGCCGUGUCUAACGAAGAGGCACCACUCAUGUUUCCUAUAGAAUUUCCCAGGAAAGGAAUUCAGGCCCCACUCUUGGGUCCAUGUUUAGACAUCAGCACUUAAUUAAGGUUCACUAUGACAUGUAACCCGAUUAAUAGGCAUAUUGAUAGGAGCACUGUGUGCUGUAUAGACUUCUGGACUUGACUGUAGAUGCCUCAGAUAAUGCAGAAGGUAGAAAAAGCAAUUCAACCUCACCCUUCUACAUGUUUGUGUUGUCUAAAUAGAGCAUUCUGCUUCCUGUGUGUUAUCUCACUAGCUGUCAAGUCAACAUUGUUAUUUGCAAUGUCUGUGAGAACACACCAUGUCAUUAAGUGCAAGUGUCUUGCAAAGAGUUUGUAUUUAAUCGAAUGAACUCUUUUGCUUGAUGGGCCACAGGGCAACUUAUGUCCUUGCCUGGUAUCUCAGGUGGUCACCUAUCCUAGAAACUGGAGCUCGGUAGCUGAAUUACUAAAACCAAAUCUGUGUCUUCAUAAUGUAAGGUGCACAACAAACACUGGUUAAGCAAAGCCUCAAUUGGGUUUUUGUUUCUGUGUGAAAAUAUCAUUAUAAUGACUAUUUAUUUCCUAAGUCAAACAUGAAUAGAAAGGGAAACCAUUCUUAUUGAGCCUUUUUUAGGUCUUUUGGCUAAAUCUGUACAUUUGUAUCAGAACGUCCUGUAGAGCCUAGCUCUUUUCUUGAAUAGUUGGUAUAGUCUCCACGGGAACCAUGCGGGAAUAUACAAUUCCAUACUAAGCAGCAUUCCUGUCUCUCUGUGCUAAUAUUGCACAUUUUUAAAACAAUGAAUGAAUGGAUGGAUGGAUGAAUGAAACCUGUACUACUGAUUAUUUUAUUCCUGAGUUCUCAAAAUAUUUGUUGCUCGUAUUUUGAGUGCUUAUUGUAAUUACUUUGAAAUGUACUUUGAUUAGAAAAGCAAACGGAAAUGAUGCUGCUGAAAAAUUUCUAAUAAAUGUGUAUUUUAUCAGA